AAAAUAAACUUUUUGCCAUGUUUGUCCAAAAAAAACAUUCAUAUUCCUUCAAUUUCAUGUAUUAUUGAGCUUAAGAUCAAAUUUUCAUAUUGAGAGAGAGAGAGAGCUGCCGGGUAACCGUGACGUCGUGGCUCUUGUCUCGGGAGGUCUCCUCCGGCGAACAUUUUUCUCUUCUUCAUCUCUUUCCGUGCAAUAAUUCGACCGUCCCUGGCUAUGAGACCUUUAUCUAUGAUCCAAUUUAGAAGAUUCAGUUCACCUCUCCCAGUGUUUUUCACUUCCAUUUGCUUACCGUUUUGUUUGUGUUCUUCUUCUUUUUUAUCAACAGUAACCACAAGUAGCUGGGAUCCAUCCGUUUCUCUAGUUCUCAAGCACCCCAUUCUUGUCUUCCUCGAGAAGAGCUGUAGAACCACUCACCAUUUCAGGCAAAUCUUAGCCCAGAUGAUGAGGCUUCAUCUCACGGCCCAGACAUUCCCCAUGAGUAGGCUUCUUUACUUUGCCGCCGUCUCCCACCCUGAGCAUCUUCUAGAAUAUUCCAUUCUUCUCUUCGAACAUUUCACACCCAAUCCCAAUCUGUUUAUUUUCAACACCAUGAUUUCAGCUUCGUCCUUCUCACUAACCGAAUCAGUAUCCAUCUACAAAUUAAUGCUUUGCUAUCAAAUUUUCCCCGACGAGCAAUCCCUACUUUCCCUCCUCAAAUUAUGCGAUUGCUUCUUGGUUGCCAAACAGAUUCAUACACAUAUUAUUAUUAAUGGAUUCAAUUGCCAUGUCUAUUUGCAGAAUUCUCUUAUCAAUGUGUACACGGCGAGUGGGAAGCUAGAUCGUGCCUAUCAGGUGUUUGAACAAAUGCCUCUGCAGGACGCAGUUUCGUACAAUAUCAUGAUAUCUGGAUAUGCGAAGAAGGGUUAUAGCUUGCAAGCUUUAGAAUUGUUUCGUGAAAUGGUUCGCUUCGGUAUUGAGUUUGAUCACUAUACUGCAGUAGGACUCCUGCAAUCAUGUGGUCAGCUUAAAGAUGCGGUUUUGGGGAAGUCUGUUCAUGGAUUGGUUAUAAGAAGAUUGUCAUUAUCUGAGUCCUGUCUGGUUUUGAGCAAUGCUCUCAUGGACAUGUAUGCUAAGUGUGGGGAGAUGAGGAUAUCUAUGAAGGUUUUUGAGGGGCUUGAGAAGAAAGAUGGUAUAUCAUGGAAUAUUGUCAUAUCUGGACUUGCCAACGCUGGAGAACUAGAUAUUGCUUGCGAAUACUUCUACCAGACACCCAUGAGAGAUUUGGUUUCAUGGAACUCGCUGCUUUGUGGAUUUGCCCGUAAGGGAGAUUGGAGAGCAUUAAAGAACUUUUUUGAGAGCAUGGUUGCUCAACAAGUCAAACCUGAUAAGAUUACAAGCAUGACGUUAGUUUCUGCUGCUUCAGAAAUGGGAGUUCUGGAUCAAGGAAGAUGUGUACAUGGGUGGGUGGUGAAGGCGCAUGGAAGUUCUGAUGCAUUCUUAGGAUCGGCACUGAUAGAUAUGUACUGUAAGUGUGGAAGCUGUGAGAUGUCUCUUCAUGUUUUUGAGUUGAUCAAAGAUAAGGACAUUACUACAUGGACGGCCAUGAUCACUGGACUUGCAUUCCAUGGCCAUGGAACCAAAGCUUUAGAAAUGUUUGGGAAACUUCAGGAAGGAGGCCUAGUGCCUAACUUUGUCACCUUGAUUUCUGUUCUUACCGCUUGCAGUCAUUCUGGGCUGGUGGAUCAAGGUUUAAGAAUUUUCAGUAAUAUGAAACGAGAAUAUGGUGUCGAGCCAGGAGUCGAGCACUACGGUUGUCUUGUAGAUCUUCUUGCUAGAUCUGGGAAGCUUACUGAAGCAAGAGAUGUGGUUACAAGGAUGCCAAUGAUGCCAAGCCAAUCAAUGUGGGGAGCUAUUUUAAGUGCUAGCAGAGACCAUGGUGAUAUGAAACUUGCUAUGGAGGCAUUAGAUGAACUUGUAUUGCUGGAACCUAAGGAUGAUGGUGGCUAUGUUUUGUUGUCCAAUGUGUAUGCCUCUUGUGGGAGAUGGAGUUAUUCGGACAUGGCCAGAGUGAUCAUGGAAGGAAGAGGAAUAAAAAAGACUGUAGGUUGGAGCAGUGUGGUAAUUGAUGGGGUCCUUCAUGCUUUUGUUUCUUCAGAUAAGAGGCAUCCAAAUUGGGAUGAAAUUCGUAAUGCUCUAUGUCAGUUGCAUGAGGAAAUGACUCUCCUUGCCGACGCCAGGUGAAGUAUUCCUCAAAUUGAGUGAUUGCUAAAAUUAUAGCUUCUUCAACCUUCAUGCUUUGCAAGCAGUUAUGUCAGUUUAUAUUGGUGCUUAAAGGAAGUGAAGUCUGACAAUUUAAUAAGCUGCAGGAAAAUCUCUCUGAUGGUAGGAUUAUUUGACGCAACACAGGUGGAAGAAGCCGUUUCAAGAAGUAUUUUGAAUGCUCAAAAUCAUUCUCUCUUUCCUUCACUUAUGAUUCCUCUUAAGAUCCAAGAGUCCUCUCGCUUCCUUAUGUCCUUAAGCCAAGCCAUAAAUUCUAGGGAGUGAAUCAAAUGAGAACUAAAGUUAGGAUGGAUAUUGGUUGUCAAAUCCAUUUUGUAACUUAAAAGCUUAAGUUUAUAAGUGAUGGUUGAUCACUUGUUAUUCCUACAUCAAUAUAUUUUUCAGCUAACUGAUGUGAGACAAAACAAAAAAAUUAAUUGAGAAUUUUAUUCUCAAAAUGACACAAUGGAGACAAAUGAUUUAUGUAGCUGAUCCCAUGUAAUGAGAUAAAAACUUGAUGUUAUUCUUGUUGUAUUCUCAUAAUCGAGAGAGUUAUUCUCCUUUAUUUGUUUCUUUUUUCAUUCUCAAGUAUGUUUAUUUAUGAGCUCUCCAUAUUAAAUCAAUAAUACGCAGAUAUUCACUUCU